AUGGGUUCCAAGAACAUAGAUAGACUUAGCAGCUUGCCUGAUGAGGUUCUUACCCACAUACUCGAUUUCAUCCCUACCAAAUCCGCCGUUCAGACCAGUAUUUUGGCCAAAAGGUGGAGGCACAGUUGGAAGUAUGUCACAAACCUUCAAUUCGACGAUAUGUUCUCUUUUAGUGGUUUAGAUAGCUUUACCAAGUAUGUUGACCGGGUACUUGAGCUUUACAAGACAACCCAUGUUAAGUCAUUCCGUUUGGACUUUUCUAGUUUGUGGGUUCCAAAAGCUACUACUUUAAAGUGGAUUGACGAAGCUAUCAGGUUAAAUGUUUCCGAGCUUGAAAUACGUUCUGUUCUCCUUGAUUUGCCUAGUCCGUUCGUUCGUAAGACACUUACAAAAUUAACAUUAGUUUGCACUCGAUACUGGGAUGAUUGGAACAUCACAUAUCCCGUUGAUCUUCCUCUUUUGAAAACUCUUGAUAUCGAGGUGUAUACAAAUCCUAAUCUUAAUGCAUUUAAAAUUAUCCCUGGCUGUCCGUUGCUUGAAUAUUUAUCUCUAGAAGUAACAAGACACGAGGGCGAUGAAGAGUACAACUUCAAUAUUCCUACUUUGAAGUGUUUGAAGAUAAAAACGUUUAAAGCCACUCGACCGUCACAAUCUCUGGAACAACCUCCACCCGCCGCCACAACCCAGCCGCUUUCUAGCCAUGGGGAGGUGGUUAUUGGUGCGACUAAGGCACCCCAACCAUCAUUGUUUCCAGAUGCUAACUCAAAAUAA